AUCGCAUGCACCCAUCCAUACAUCCAUCCAUCUAAAAUAAAACAAUAAUACUUUUCUUAUCGACAUCCAACUAUCAGCUUCCUCUUCUUUUUAUCUUCAACUUUGUUGUUUAUCAUCAUCAUUAUUAUUAAGGUUAUAAAUCCAGCUGAUAAAGUGAAGAGCGUUUUGGCUGUCAUGAGUUUCUAUUUGAUUUUCGGCUCCCAUGAUACUUUUUUGCUGGUUUAAUGGGUUGUGUUUAUUCAAUUGAUUGUAAUUGUAUUGGUGAUAUAUGUGCACCUAGAGAUACUAAACUUAAAGAAACUAGCGACAAUAAUGUGAAUUCAUCUGAAAUUGGUGUAUUUUCACCUAAUAAACAAGAUGAUACUGAAAUUAUUCAGAAUCCUGAAGUCGGUAUAACUAGGUUAAGAAGGGUUUCGUCCCAGUUUUUACCGCCCGACGGUUCUAGAAUCGUUGUUGUUCCCACCGGAAAUUAUAGGCUUCAGUACUCGUAUUUGUCUCAAAGGGGAUACUACCCUGAUGCUUUAGAUAAAGCUAAUCAAGAUAGUUUUUGUAUCCACACACCCUUUGGGACUAACCAUAAUGAUCAUUUUUUCGGGGUGUUUGAUGGGCAUGGUGAGUUUGGAGCUCAAUGUUCACAGUUUGUGAAGCAAAAGCUAUGUGAAAAUUUGCUUAGAAAUAGUCGAUUUCAUAUUGAUCCGGUUGAGGCGUGUCAUGCUGCUUUUUUGUCUACAAAUGCACAGUUACAUGCCGAGACCAAUAUAGAUGAUAGUAUGAGUGGUACGACUGCGAUUACUAUAUUAGUACGUGGGAAGACACUUUUUGUUGCUAAUUCUGGUGAUUCCCGAGCUAUUAUAGCAGAAAGAAGAGGGACGGAUAUUGUGGCGGUUGAUUUGUCUAUAGAUCAAACUCCUUUUAGAGACGAUGAGCUUGAAAGAGUUAAACUUUGUGGGGCGAGAGUUCUUACUUUGGAUCAGAUUGAAGGUUUGAAGAAUCCAGAUGUGAUGUGUUGGGGAACUGAAGAAGGUGAUGAUGGUGAUCCUCCUAGGUUGUGGGUCCCAAAUGGGAUGUAUCCAGGAACUGCUUUUACUAGAAGUAUCGGUGAUUCGAUUGCUGAGACUAUUGGUGUUGUUGCCAAUCCAGAAAUUGUUGCUUUGGAACUCACACCAGAACACCUUUUCUUUGUCGUUGCCAGUGACGGUGUAUUUGAGUUUCUUUCUAGUCAAGCGGUAGUUGACAUGGUUCUAAAUUAUAAUGAUCCUCGUGAUGCUUGUGCUGCAAUUGUAGCUGAAUCUUAUCGUCUUUGGUUGCAAUUUGAAACUCGAACCGAUGAUAUUACUGUGAUAGUGGUUCAAAUAAGUGGAUUGACUGGGGCUAAAGUUGGUCACGCAGCAAUUCCAGGCACUGCUUUAAGACCUCCAGUACCUCAAGUUGUAGAAAUGUCAGGAUCAGAGUCUCCUACAACAAUGAACUGGAAUGCUAAAAACCAGCGAGUGAGGACUGAUAUAUCAAAAACACGUCUUCGAGCAAUUGAAAAUUCUUUGGAGAAUGGCCAAUUGUGGAUUCCUCCGUCUUCAGGCCACAGAAAAACUUGGGAAGAAGAAGCACACAUUGAACGGGCCUUGCAUGAUCAUUUUCUUUUCAGAAAGCUUACCGACUCCCAAUGCCAUGUCUUGUUGGAUUCCAUGCAAAGAGUUGAAGUUCAAGCAGGAGAUACUGUGGUGAAACAGGGUGGAGAGGGUGACUGUUUUUAUGUUGUUGGAAGUGGUGAAUUUGAGGUCUUCGCAACACAGGAAGAGACAAAUGGAACAGUUGCAAGAAUCCUACAGCGCUAUACAGCUGACAAGCUUUCGUCCUUUGGUGAGCUGGCACUAAUGUAUAAUAAGCCUCUUCAAGCUUCUGUUCGUGCUGUGACAAAUGGAACUCUGUGGGCCCUUAAACGAGAAGAUUUUAGGGGAAUUCUUACAUCAGAGUUUUCAAAUUUAUCCUCAUUAAAGUUACUCCGCUCUGUUGAUCUUCUUUCAAGAUUAACAAUUUUACAACUCAGUCUCAUUGCUGAUGCUCUUUCUGAAGUUUCCUUCUGCAGUGGACAAACUAUAGUUAAUAAGGGUGAUGGUCUUUCUGGACUAUAUAUGAUCCAGAAGGGACAAGUGAGGAUUACUUUUGAUUCGUAUAUUAGUAGUCAAAAUGCAUCCAGCCUUAUGUCUGAUGCUCAAAAAGUGGACGAUGAUGAUGUGCCAAGUGGUUCCCAACUCUCAAUGGAAAAGACUGAGGGGAGUUAUUUUGGUGAAUGGACACUCCUUGGUGAAUGCAUCAAAUCUUUACAUGUCAUUGCUUUAGAGAAUGUGGUAUGUGCUGUUUUAACCAAGGAAAGAUUUGAAUCAGUUGUUGGUCCUUUGCCAAAGAUCUUGCAAGAUGAAUACAGGUCAAGAGAAACAUCCAGUGAUCUUCCACAUGAGAUUGUCAGGAGUAUUGAUACGUCCUCUCUUUCAAAAGUUCAGCUUUCUGAUUUGGAAUGGAAAACAAGUUUAUAUUCCACUGACUGCUGUGACAUUGGGCUUGUCCAACCCAAAGAUUCAGAACAUUUGUUUAGCUUGAAAAGAUUUUCAAAACAGAAGAUUAAGAAACUUGGGAAGGAAGAACAGGUUUUAAAGGAGAAGAAGCUAAUCAAACAAAUGCAUACGUCUCCCGGUGUGCCUCAAGUUCUGUGCACUUGUGCUGACCAAAAUCAUGUCGGCAUACUUUUGAACACUCUCAUCUCGUGUCCAGUUACUUCUAUAAUUCAUUCUCCACUUGAUGAGCCAUCUGCUCGUUUCUGUGCUGCCUCUGUAGUAGUGGCCUUAGAAGAAUUACACAAGGCUGGAGUUCUCUACAGAGGUGUGUCGCCAGAAGUUCUGAUUUUCUCACAAACAGGACGUGUACUGCUAGUUGAUUUCAGAUUUGGGAAGAAGUUGUCGAGUGAAAGGACUUUUACAAUAUGUGGUAUGGUGGACUCCUUAGCUCCAGAAAUAGUCCAAGGGAAAGGCCAUGGUUUUGCGGCUGACUGGUGGGCUUUGGGAGUGUUGAUAUACUUCAUGUUGCAAAGUGAAAUGCCAUUUGGUUCAUGGAGAGAAAAUGAACUUGAUACCUUCGCAAAGAUUGCCAAAGGACAAUUCACUCUUCCUGAUACUUUCAGUCCUGAAGUUGUUGAUCUCAUUACGAAGUUACUACAAGUGGAUGAAAAUGAAAGACUUGGAAGCAAAGGUACCGACUCGGUGAAGAGUCACAAGUGGUUUAACGGUGUUCACUGGGAAAGUGUAAAAGAUGCUAGCUGCACAGUUCCACAGGAAAUCCUGGCCCGUAUAGGUCAAUAUCUAGAAACUCGACCUAGUGACACAUCUGAACCAGUAAUUUUGGCAAGUGAAGACAUGGACGAUCUCAACACAUCAGAAUGGCUUAAUGACUGGUAGAAGGUUUGAUCUCAGCCUCAUGUAUCCUGGUAUCAAUGUGCAUGAUCAUCGUUGACACCUAAAUCUUGCAUAAACCUUCUAAGAGACUAUACAGGGGUGUAUUGAUUAUUAAUUAUUUUUUGAACUUAUGUAAAUAGUCCUAUAAUGUGUGUAUGCAUUUGAACUUUGCUUUUGAAUAACUUUCUACUUCUGGAAAAAGUAGUUUCAAAAUUAAUGUGUUAUUAUGUAUUUUGUUCAUUGUAGCCAACUAGACUAUUGGAAAAUUAGGUAUGGAAAUGUAUGAUUAUUGUGUUGUAUA